CUUUACUAUAAAUGUAUGGAUAACUACUACAAUUCAAACAGCAAAAAUAACCAUGAAGACUGUAAGUUCCUCUUACCCACACCAUCUCUCACUUAAUAUUUUAUCUUUCAUAACAUUAAUAAUCUUCUUAGUAUCCCAACCAGCCCCGGUGACUGGUCUUCCACUGACCACAAAUUCAAGAUGGAUUGUGGAAGAGAUGAGCGGGAAGAGAGUGAAACUCUCCUGCGUGAAUUGGGUUUCUCAUCUAGAGCUUGUACUGGCUGAAGGCCUAAACAAGCAGCCCAUAGAAGCCAUCGUUGGCCGAAUUUCCUCAAUGGGGUUUAACUGUGUUCGUCUCACUUGGCCAGUCUACUUGGCCACCAACAACUCACUUGCUUCUCUCACAGUUCGACAGUCUUUUCAAAGAUACGGUCUUUAUGAAGCUAUAGCUGGUAUUGAGGCAAAUAAUCCCUCCAUCAUCGAUAUUCCCCUCAUCAAAGCCUACCAGGGAGUUGUAUCUGAGCUUGGAAAAGGGAAGGUGAUGGUGAUAUUGGACAAUCAUGUAAGCAAACCCAGUUGGUGUUGUAAUAAUAAAAGUGACGGGAAUGGGUUCUUUGGGGAGGAGUACUUCGACCCAGAUUUGUGGAUUGAUGGGCUUACUCGUAUGGCCACAUUGUUCAAAGGUGACACUAAUGUAGUGGGCAUGAGCUUGAGGAACGAGCUGCGUGGUCCCAGGCAGAAUGAAGAUGAUUGGUACAAGUACAUGCAAAAAGGAGCCGAGGCAGUUCACUCAGCAAACCCACACGUUCUUGUAAUUAUUUCGGGUUUAAAUUACGACACCCACUUGUCAUUCCUACGCAAUCGACCAUUCGAGCUCACAUUCUCUGGGAAACUAGUCUUUGAAGUUCACUGGUAUUCAUUCGUAGAUUCCAAGGCAUGGGAAAGUGAAAAUGCAAACAAAGUGUGUGGUUUGGUGGGUAAUAACAUGAAAAGAGAAUCUGGAUUUCUGGUAAAGAAAGGGUUUCCUUUGUUUUUUAGUGAGUUUGGAGUGGAUCAAAGGGGGACCAAUGAGAAUGACAACAGGUACUUGAAUUGCGCCUUAGCUGUAGCAGCUGAAUUGGACUUGGAUUGGGCUUUGUGGACUUUGGGAGGUAGUUACUACUAUAGAGAAGGUGUUGUUGGAUUAAAUGAGUAUUAUGCUGUCUUAAACUAUAAUUUCGAUGGAAUCAGAAAUGCAACUCUUUUACACAAAAUUAUUUCUCUCACAUACUCAUUUCAAGGACCAGGUUUAUCAAGAAGUAGACCACACAAAGUGAUUUUCCACCCAGCAAGUGGACUUUGUAUUGUAAGAAAAUCCAAAUUGGGUCCAUUGAGUUUAGGUCCCUGCUCUAGUUCUGUAGCGUGGCAUUAUUCACGUGAUGAGAAUAUAUUGACCAUGAGAGGAACACCCUUAUGCUUACGAGCACUAGAGCAAGGAAAACCAGCACAGCUUAGCAAAUAUUGUAAAGGCAUUGACUCCAAAUGGAAGCCCAUUUCGGAAUCUAAGUUGCACCUCUCUACUACAACUGGCAAAAACGACACCGUUUGCCUUGAUGUUGACUCUGCAAAUGAAGUUGUGAUCAUAAACACUUGUCAUUGCGUGAGUAGACAUAGUUCGUGUGACCCGUCUAGGCAAUGGUUCAAACUUGUUCACAGCACAAGAAAACCAAAGUUGUUUGGAUCUUUUUCUGAUAGUUUUGAUUAUUAUGACUCAAAAUCGUGAGUAUUAGGAUUGCUUAUAUCAUAUGCAAUUGCUGUACGUAACUGUGUUCACAUAUUUACAUAUUAUAUGAGAAGGGAAAAGGACUAAUACAUCAUAACUCUUUGAGAAGAAUAUAAACUUUUAUUGACGGUAUAAA